CGUCAAACUAACCGCGUACUUUUAUAAGAGUAAUUCAAAAUGGUUUAUUUAGAGACAUUUAAAGACAGUUUUGUUGUAAUAGCCUGGCUUUACCCUUCUGAUACUGUGGUUAAUAUGAAAUAAAUUAAUGCUAUAUAUUUAUUAUAUUCACAUAUCCUGUGAUUAGGAGCUAGCUAAAAAAAAAAAAAAAGUCCCCACGUGAGUAGUGAGUUUUUGAGUCCAGGACAAAUCAAACAUGACUGGGAACAUGAACUCAUAUCCUGCCUUUCUGAACCCAAUUUAAGUCAGCUUUCCUGUUACCUUGACGACCCACAUCUCCAGCUUCCGGUGUAGUAUACUCAUAUUAUGCUCCGGAAGCCCCAGUUCUGAACCUGAAGAGUGUAAUAUGAAGAGCAGACUGCUUUCCUGACCCGUCUGUGGUCAUGCUCAGGCUCCGCGCCCUGCGCUGUCACCCUCACAGACUGUUUCAUCAUGGCACUGUGUGUCAAGACCAGGUCAUGGGGCAGCUUCGGGCUUGCACGGCUGAGGAGCAGCUCUUUGAUGUGGUGAGCAAGAACAAGGCGAAGCUCUCUGUCAGUCAUGUGGGCUUUGCCGUAGGUCUGCUGUGGCAGUUUCAGAGGGAGAGACCGGAAAUGCUGCGGACGGUCAAACUGAUCCGGACUCAUCCACAGUUCCUCACACUUCGAGUCCUGGCCGAGAACAAGAUCAGCCUGAUGGACGAUGCAACAGUGGUGGAUGUUCUUUAUGGUGGACUCAGACUUCAGAUUGAACCACACGACUCUCUGAUCCAGCAGCUGGUGAUUGAAGCCUGGAACAGAUUAGAAAGAUUCCCCAUGACGACUCUGUCAAAGUUAUCUAUUUGUCUGAAUGACCUGGGGCUUCACCACAGUCCACUGAUGGGUCACAUUACUGAGAUUGUGAACCAGAGACUGGAUUCAAUACAAGAUGCCAGAGUGUUGACCACGCUCAUGAUCAGUAUAUCGUCACUGCUGUCUCCGCAUUUACGGGACGCGCUGAUCGAAAAAGCCGACAUUCUGUUAGACAGCAUGGACACGUUCCAUUACAACAAUCCCAGGAGGGUAGUACAGUUCCUCCGACAGAUGAAGUGCAUCCACCGGCCCUUAUUAGAAAAAUGCAGCCGCAUUCUGACGAGAAACGCCCCGAAUCUGGAUGUGGAGAACCUCAGUAUUGUCCUGACACUGUAUCACUCACUGCCAUUCAGCAACUGGGGCUUCAGACAGGCUGCCAUGCAGAGGCUGUUGGAGCUCAUGGACUCGUGCACUGACCCAGAAUCUUUUACAAAGCUCUUUAUUGCUUUGGGGCCCCUGGCAGGACCAGCGACCAGAGAGAGCUUGGAACGUACAGCGCUGCUGUUGGCUGAUCAGCUGAACGCACAACAAGCGAUAGUGAUUGCUGAGACGCUGGAGGAGAUGCAGAGCCGAAACUUUCAACUCAUUAAUAAGAUUGCGUCUGUACUGCACAAGAAUCUCGAGGUGUAUCGGCCAGUGGAGAUUGCAAAGAUCAUCCAGGCACUUGUUCUGCUGCACUGUCAGAGUCCUGAGCUCUUCUCCAGAUUAAGGAGCAUCGUGCUCCGUUACUUGCAGACCUGUGUGAACAUCUACGAGGUGAUCAUGCUGACCCGGGUGCUCGCCAUGCUGCCCUCUGCGCGGAUCGAGGAGUCGGUUUUCUCUCGCAUCGAUGCCGUGUUGCCUCAGUGCAGCCUGAUAGCACUAAGUUCCAUCACAACGGUCGUCACCAAAUGGAUGCGAAAUGACCCCUCCUACAGCCAGAGCACUCAUAGCAGGUAUGUGCGUCUGCUCCAGAACCUAAACCGCUAUGCACACGAGCGAGUCCAUGCAGCCAAGAGACUGGACCUGCUCAUGGAGGAGCUUAAAUUCAUAUCAGGGGAAUGGUUCGAGGAGAUGCUGCUUGAGGAAACAAUCGUGGUACUUCAGCGUUUGGCAGAUCAGCUCACCUGGAUCAACAUGCUAGACCUGGUCCUCUUUUUGACCAGGACCACGUAUCGCUCUACUUCACUACUGGACCAAAUCGCCAGCAUAGCCUUGGAGAACAUACAUAAGAUUCAUUAUUCUGCAAUUUAUAUCAUUUUGCUCCCAUUUGCUGUGCUUAACUACGACUCUCCAAAGGUGGACGAACUGUUUGAUGCUUACAUUCAACAUUUCACUCCAAAAAUGAGUUUGUUUGACCCGCACAUGUUGGUUCUGUUGGCUUAUGUCUUGGCUCUGACCAGCCGGUUCCCAGAGCCUCUGAUCAGAGAAAUAUUCAGAGUGGAUUUCCUGGCCAAGCUGGAUGCACAGCUCGAGACGCUCUCAGGUGCUCAGAACAUGCGAGUGCGUUCACGCCUGAUGCAGUUGAACCGUGCUGUGUAUCUCGAGUGCCCGGAGUUCCAGGUGCCCUGGUUCCACGAGCGCUACUGUAUGCAGCUCCAUAGGAGAGAUCACAGCUCGGUCAAUCUAGCCCAGCAGCAGAUCCACAGCAUGCUGGAAGAAGUGCUCGGAGGUGUUAACUGUGUCAGAGUUGCAGCGUUGACUCCGUACUUCUACACUGUUGACUAUGAGUGCGUCCUGGAUCGCAAUCAGCAGCCUGUGCCUUACAGUAAACUGAGUGAAUUGCAGAUCAGCGAGAAUGGCAAGAUCCAGUGGGACUCGGGGUCAGAGAAGGAGAGGACAGAGCUACCUCCAGGUGCUCAGCGUUGUCCCACACUAUUGCUGCAAUUUCCACCACAACACUGUGAUGUCCCUUAAAAAGGUUUGUAUGAAAGAUUGUUUGGGUAUUUUCUGUGGAGAUGAACAGUGACACCAGAGAACAUGUCUGAUAUGGAGGGAAUUUUGACUUCAUCCAUCAACUUUUGAAGAAAAGCCAAGGUAAAUAUAGCUUGAAAUGAAAAUAUUUUUAGGCCGAAUCCCAUUUCACCCCUUAGACCAACCCCUUGGCCCUUCCCCUCCAUUUUGCGCGUUCACGUGAAGGGGUAGGGGUAUCCCAAUCCCAGUUAACGCGGAGGGGUAGGGGAAGGGGUAGGGCUUCUGUACCCCUCCAAACGGAGAUUUUCCUGGAGCUGACUCCGAACGAAGGGGUUUGAGUGAUUUCCCAUAAUGCCAUGCGGAUUUCAGCGAGAUUUCAUGCGGAUUUCAGAAAGAUGGCGGUUCCCGCGGCGAAAGAUUGUCAUAAAUGUAUUUUCUCCAUUAUUUACGUGUUUUAAGUUGUUAUCCAGAGGAAACACGCCGCUUGAUUCGCUUUCGAGCUGAGAAUGAGCAGCGAUUUCUGAAAUCCAAGCUGCUGCUAAAAAGCUUUGGGAGUGAGUAUUGUUUUCGGUUGCUUGACUGCGUACGUUUUGUUCUGUUAUUCUCGCUUUUAUUGUUUACAUGAGUGUUCUGACACCUCAUUCUGUCGGAUGUGGUGCACGAAGUGCCAAAGAUAUCCCAUUCAGUGGUGUUAAUCACACCCUGCCAGCAGAGAUUUCUGGUUCUGGCUCUGACUGUAGCGGCUGGUCGCAGCCAAUGACGCAUUUGGUCGCGUUUUGCUAACGUAAACGCUGACGGAGGUACGCGAUGACGUAUGCGAUCGUUG